CGUGUCGUCAUCAAAAGGCGCAGGCUGUCAGAGUGUUUUCUGUGGUGGCAGGAAGUAUGGGAGGUAGGAAAGCUCUGCACUAUGUCCUGAAGAUCGGGGACAGGGGCCAGACGGCCCGCUUCUUCAGAGAAAUCCUGGGGAUGAAGGUUCUAAGACAUGAAGAAUUUGAAGAAGGUUGCAAAGCUACUUGUAAUGGCCCAUAUGAUGGCAAAUGGAGCAAAACCAUGAUCGGAUAUGGUUCUGAGGACAACCACUUUGUUGUUGAACUGACUUACAAUUAUGGAAUUGGGGAGUAUUGUCUCGGCAAUGACUUUUUGGGGCUUACUAUACAGUCUAGCCAGGCUGUGGCCAAUGCAAAACAACUAAACUGGCCACUAUCUGAAGUGACUCCUGGAAUCUUUGAAACAGAAGCUCCAGGGGGAUAUAAGUUUUAUUUGGAAGACAAAGCUCAACCUAGCACAGAUCCUGUUCAGAAAGUCACUCUUGCUGUAUCCAAUUUAAAGAAGUCAACUACUUACUGGCAUAAUCUGCUGGGCCUGAAGAUAUAUCAUGAGGAUGAAAGCAAAAAGAGUGUAUUGCUGGGUUAUGGUGACAGCCAGUGCAAGCUGGAGUUGCAGGAUGUUGGAGGACCGGUGGACCAUGGGACCGCAUUUGGCAGAAUUGCAUUUGCUUGCCCAAAAGAUGAGCUUGCAGGCAUUGAGGAGAUCGUGAAAAAAGAGAAUCAUAAGAUACUGACGCCUCUAGUAAGCCUGGACACUCCAGGGAAAGCUACAGUCCAAGUGGUAAUUUUGUCGGAUCCGGAUGGUCAUGAGAUUUGCUUUGUUGGAGAUGAAGCGUUCCGUGAACUAUCGCAGACUGACCCAAAGGGAGAUCAACUUCUGAAUGAUGCCAUGGCUGCAGACAAGAGUGAAGAAUGGUUUGCAAAGCACAAAAAACAGAAACCAUCCGCAUAGAUAAUACUGACAUUCCUAUGCGUCUCAUAGAAACUCCUAUGCUGUACAUGUUCAUGAUUUCUUUUCAAAAUUAAAAAUGAAAGACCUAAUUAAGUUUGUCAAAUAUUGUCAUUGUGUCUUAUUUCUGUUCUGCUAUGUUGUACUGUAUUCCUACUAAUUGAUCUGCAAACAUAAUGUUGGUGUAAUAAAUAUCUUGUCAUAGAUUGCUAUGAA